AUGGCAUCGUCCGCAAGCGGCAACAUCGUCGUCGAGUGGCUGCGUACGCUCCAUCUCGGGCAGUACGCGGAGAGUUUCAUCGACAACGGCUACGACGACUUGGAGAUAUGCAAGCAGGUCGGGGAGCCGGACCUCGACGCGAUCGGUGUACUGAACCCGGCGCACAGGCAGCGGUUACUGCACUCUGUGCGAAGCUUGAGAGAGGAGGGAGCGGCGGCGGUCUACUUCACUCUGGAGGAGGCGGCCGCCGCCAGGGACCCUUGCCGCUGCGAGGAGGAAGUUCGCAAGGAGCAGGCCACGGCUACCGUGGAGCCGGCGAAGUACGUGGACGAGUACGAGGAGGGGAAAGCGGAGCUGGUGAAGAUACCGCGCAUACAGCUGAAGCGGCUACUGAGGGAGCGGCUCGCUCAAGACGGCAUCCGGCUCAGCCUGCAGCCCUAUUCGACAACGAGGCCCUGCCCGCGCCGUUUUACUAACGAGCCCGUGUGUGGCACGGCCGUCUUCGGGCGCUCCGUUCGGAUCGCUCCUCGGGACGUGUUGCCA